AUGCUAAACGCUGUACGCUCAAGUAUCCGUUAUAGCUCAAUUUGCAACAGAAGAACCUCUGCGCAACUCUUUCACACUUAUAAUCCAAUAAUGUUCCAAGUCGGCGACGUUAUCAAGACUGGUCUAGCAGGUGUCCAGGAAAACUCCCCAGGCAACGCUGUGGACAUUGGCAAGCUCGUCAGCAAGGGCAAGUACGUCAUCGUGGGUGUCCCAGCAGCGUUCUCGCCAGCUUGCACUGCCAGCCACAUCCCAGGCUACGUUGCCAAGUUGAGCGAAUUGAAGGCCAAGGGCGUCGAGGAAGUGUAUGUGACUGCCGUGAACGACGCCUUUGUCACCAAGGCCUGGGCUGACUCCCUAAAGGUGCCUGAAAACGUGCACAUUUUGGCUGACACUCGCGGUGAGUUUGCCAAGUCCGGAAACACUCUGUUCGAUUCCGAAGAGGUCUUUGGUAACAAGCGUAACUACCGUUACGCCAUCGUUGUUCAGGACGGCAAAGUUGUGUCUACUUUCGAAGAGCCAGACAAGACCGGCGUCAACGUGUCCUCUGCCGAAAAUGUUCUCAAGUCUUUGUAA